GUUGGCAACUGUUGCCCUUGGAGUCAAACGCCAUAACUACGGAAGCUGGGAGGACCUAGUAACCUGUCAACAAAAAGACGGGAGAGAGUGGUGGCCCGAGGCGGCUUGAUGGAAGCUCAGGGUUUCAUCACGGAGAUGCAGCCGCUGAGCUCGAGUCACGUCCAGCAGCCACAGAACUCGCCCCCGCAGGCCCAGGCAGUCGUAUCCCAGCCAGCGACCACCAUGCAAGCAGCCACCACGGCGGCCUCACAGCAGACCCAGGCAGUGGUUGUUGCCACGGCAACUGCUCAGCAGGUGGUCCCCUCGACAUCCCCACCACAGACGAGUCCACAGGCGACGGUGGUCCAGGUAUCGACGACCAAUGGCACGCCGCACUUCAUCGCUGUUGCAGUGGCCGAUGCCGAUGGACAGACGCCUGGCACUGUGACCCUUCAGCCGACUUCUGCAGUGCACCCGACAUACGUCCAGUAUGUUGAUAGCACUGGAGAUCCCAGCCUUUACACCACCACUAACGGACAGAUGACGGGUUAUCCUGUGUACAGCGUCACAGAUGCAGGGGCGAUGUACACCCCUGGCAAUGCUGCCUACUACAGCACCGCCAGCGGUACUGCGGUCACCUAUUCGCAGGCUCUGGAAGUGGCGGAAGUUUCCUUUCUAAGCUCGAAAACCGAUGACCAGCGCAAAGUGGUUGAGAUGAUGUCGGCCUACCCUGGAGACCAGUGUGUGGUGCAAACACUACAGGAGGCAUCGCCCAUGCCUCUGGCCGCAGCUGCGGCUACAACUCCUGCCACUGCGGCCACCGUGGUUACGGCCACUGCAUCGGUUGGCAGCUCCUCCCAGCACUCGCCGUCAUCUGGUGGCAGCAGUGGGCAACACCAGAACAUACGCGACAUGGACAUCAUCCACGUGCAGUGGUUGAUCGACAACUACGAGACGGCGGAGGGGGUGUCGUUGCCGCGGAGCACGCUAUACAACCACUACCUGCGGCACUGCGGGGAACACAAGCUGGAACCCGUCAAUGCCGCUUCCUUUGGAAAGCUCAUCCGCUCCGUUUUCCUCGGCCUGCGCACACGACGACUCGGCACCCGGGGCAACUCCAAGUACCACUACUACGGCAUUCGGGUGAAGCCCAACUCGCCGCUCAACCAGAUCUCGGAGGAAGUGACCACCACUGCUCUGCGGCAGCAGUCGGCGACACAGGCCAAGAGAUUCCGGCUGAGCGGAACCAAGUCCGGCCUGUCCGACACCCCAGAGUCCGGCACUGGGGCAGGAGGAGGAGGAGGAGGGGGUGCGGCCGUUCCGAGCCAAGGGCAGGCGGCCGACGCGCCAGGGGCUGCCACCAGUGCGGCGCCACCCGUCGCAGCACAGCAGCCCUCGUCUGCUCAGCAGCACCUGCAGUUCCUGGGCGACGCGUCUGCGGCCGUUCCCGUGCUGGCCGAGGUGGACUUCGGUGGCGGACCCCUCCCAGAAGGGCUCGCCAAAAAGGAUAUCGAGGCAUUCCGGCGCCUGUACCAGGACCACUGCGAUGCCUUCUUGGAGGCUGUGAUGAACCUGCACUUUUCAACGGUUGAGUCCCUAUGGCAAGACCUGUGGGGAGGUGCCGGCAAUGACUGUGGGGAGCAGGACAAAGGGCUGAGCCAGUCGAAGCUACACCUGCUGUGCAAGUGUGAGGCUGUGCAGAAGUUUGUGCAGCGUGCCGACUACCAGUUCUACCAGAACCUGGUGGAUGUCCUCAUCCCCGACGUGCUACGGCCCAUCCCCAGCUCCUUGACGCAGGCCAUCCGGAAUUUCGCCAAGAGCCUCGAGGGCUGGCUGACGUCGGCCAUGCAAGGCUGUCCCGAGGACAUGGUCAAGAUCAAGAUCGGCGCUGUGAGUGCUUUUGCACAAACACUGCGGCGGUACACCUCACUCAACCACCUGGCGCAAGCAGCACGGGCAGUGCUCCAGAAUUCAUCUCAGAUCAACCAGAUGCUCUCCGACCUCAACCGGGUUGACUUCCACAAUGUCCAGGAGCAGGCAUCGUGGGUGUGCCAGUGCGAGGACAGCCUGGUGCGCCAGCUCGAGCAGGACUUCAAGCUGACGCUGCAGCAGCAGACCUCGCUCGAGCAGUGGGCCGCCUGGCUCGACAGUGUCGUGGGACAGGUGCUCGAGCCGUUCCGCGGCCGGCCCGAGUUUCCCCGGGCGGCCCGCCAGUUCCUGCUCAAGUGGUCCUUCUACAGUUCGAUGGUGAUCCGCGACCUAACGUUGCGUAGUGCGGCCAGUUUUGGGUCGUUCCACCUCAUCCGCCUCCUGUACGAUGAGUACAUGUUCUACCUGGUGGAGCACCGAGUGUCCAAGGCCACGGGAAAAACACCCAUUGCCGUCAUGGGAGAGUUCCUGGGCUUGGGAGCCAAGGCAGCGCCCUGCGACACCCUGAGCCCUGACGUAGUCGUUGAAAACGGCUCUUCACCGUCCUCGUCCUCAACGAGCAACUGCUCCACACGUCCAACCUCGGCAGGGUACAGCAUGGUCCUCGCCAACGGCUGGCCAGCCACUAUUGUGAGCCAGGCGCCGACGGCAGAAAGUGAAAGCACUCUGGUCAAGAAGCUGAAGAGUGUCUAGUCAGUGCCAGUCCUGUUGCGUGAGUGAAAAGACCAACUGAAUCUGGUUGGAGAAGACGAGGCCUUCGGUGCUUUUCCUCUUGCCAGCUCAACAUCCUUGGAACAAGGGACGGUGGAAUAGGAGACAAAGUGGGUCUUGUCACCUGUGUGAUGCUUCACAUCCUUACUUUCUUACUGGUGAAAGAAAAAGAGACUCGGUUUUAUUAUUGAAAGGUGGCGAUGAAUUGAUGCGGUAGUGUUGCAUCAUCAUCGUACUUCAUAGGAGAAGCCGGUUGCAUGCUAGCAGUCGGCACUUGCUGGUCAUUAUGUACUUUGACCUGUCUCAUUCAGUUUAGGGAACUGAAAGCUAAGGUAAGAAAGCGCCUGCACACAAUGUUGGCAGAGGUACUCUGCAGGCCCGACCAAUUCCGUUGUCAAAAGCAAAGUGUCCUAAGGACGUGUGGCAUUACAUGCCAGCUAUCGUGGAGAGAGGUUGUGUUAUUGCACAAAGUUGAGUGAUAUGUUGAAUGCCUCACAGGUGAAGCUAUCGUAACGAGCUGGACAAAAAUGAAAGGCAAAUCUUUUGGCUGGGACAAAGUCGCCAGAGAGCUGGACAUUGGCCAUUGCUUCCCUCAAGUUUCAGUUUGUACAGUCAGCAAACGCACAGGUCAAACUUUCUUGCUAUCAGGCAGGCAGUCCAGAAUAGAAGCAAGGACCCGACAGGACCAGGUGCCAUGCAUAUUGUCUCCUUGAUUUGGCACUGCUGUUUUUCGGGCUUCUUGCUCCAAGACAAAUGAAUUCCCACAAGCCCAGAUUUGUAGUUGCUCUAUGGACCCAGAGGGAGCAUUGUGCAAGUAGUUAUUGCUGUUUGAUUGCUGCAAGCUCAUGUGACAAAAAAUGUGCCUCUCUUGUGACAGAAUGUAGACCUGACACGUGUGUCCAUCUCUUCAUAUCCACAGCCAGUUCUUGUGGCCUUUGUCUCGCACCUUGGCUUUGCACAGUGCUGGAAAUGUGCUGAGCGUGUUUGACGACUCUUCUACGCACUCUCUUGGAUUUGUAAUGAAAAGACCUCUGAAAGCAUUGUUUCCAUGAACUCCAGAGUGUACUUUGAGAACUUAGGUAGGCAGACAGAGCUGUAACCUAUUGCUGGGGCUCUUCCAACUGGAUGAUUUUGAUACGGAUCUUGAGGAAAUGUGCAUCUUGAUUUGCUUCGUAUGACGUACCAACGAGCGCGGCAUUUGUAUAUACUGAAAUGGAAAGUAGGAUAGUGUAUUUUGGAGGCACAGUAGCUGCACUUUGAACUGAAGUUGCUGUUACCCAAGCUUGCUGGUUUGAAGUAGUAGUCACAAAUACUUGAUUUUUCUUAGCCAUGCGGUUGGCUGCGAACAUGGAUAAGCCCACUGGUAGAUGUAAGGAAUGCUUGUUUCAGUGUUAUUGUUUUUUUAUGAAGUGCAUCACUUCUGCUGAGUAUAAGUGGGCUCCGACAAGAUUGUUGUUGGUCCAGUUGUUAUAGUCACCAACACUCAAACACAGUAAUUGUGGCAGUGUUAUUCGUGACCUUGAAUGUCUCUGCUAUAGCAGUGCAGGCCUUCUGCAGAGAUGUUGGUUGCAUCCUAGUCGUAGCCUGCCUCUAAUUAAGGAGUACAUUUUUUUACUUUGCUCACAUUGAGUGGCAAAAGUGUAGAUGAGAGCCUGUGGCCUUGACUAUGUGGGAUGUACUAUCACGUUUAAUAUAACCUGCAAAGCACGAGCCGUGGCCAUGGCUAUGCCCUCGAGAUAGGAGGGGGGAGGAUUACUGCAUCCUAGCAAUGUGCAUAGCCCCCUGCCUUCUGUCGUCCGCUUCGUGGAGUGAUCAAAGCAGUCGGAAAGCGAGGGGCUAGGUGCAUUGCUGGAAUGGCGAAACCCUCUCCACUGUUUUCUCAGGAGCGUUACUGCAACCGUGGCUCGGGCUUCUCGGCUCGUAUUGAAUGCGAUACUACCUAAUUUAAUGUGCUAUAUUGAAAAACUCGAGUACUUCAUUGUGCCCAGUUUUUAACGCAGUGCCAUUUAUAGUACUAUCUUUAAAUUUACUAUUGCAUUUAUUUGCCAACUGACAGUUGCCAUAUUUCUUUCAUCACAUGGUGCCGCUCGAAAUUAGAAGGUCUUUUUUGUUGUCGUGUCGUUAAAACUUUUUUAUUGGUGGCACGAGCAUCAAGUGACACUCUUUUUUCUUGUGUAGAACUUCUGGUUCAUCUCCUGAGACGACCGGGGAAGAAAUUCAAAAUAAAUAAGAAAAAAAGAACAAAGAAACAGUAGUACACUACAAAAUUCAUGGGUUUCAAUAUAGAUAUGAUAUCAGAGCAAACGUUCAGUUAUAAAUUGAGUAUAAAGUGUAUGGAAUAAUUAGAAUUAAUUAAAAUUCACUGAUUACUGCAUACCAAAGCACAAAAUUGUAGACUUUAGAGACUUGCAACGUGAGCACAACUAUGGCGAAAUUUCUGGAAAUCCGGAAGUGGAAAACGAAAGUAGUGAUGUCACUAAUGUCAUCACGCACAAAAAGGUGGCGCGAUAUUUAACCGGCUAACUAAUGGAUAACGUUUGCCUCGGAAUUUGGUUCGUGCAUUGUGUUCACUCAAAAUUAACCUAAAGAACACCAAUGCCGAGAUGCUAGUGCCACUAAAAGACACCCAAGUCAAAGAUUAGGGUUGCCAACCAUUUGUUCUUCUUCUUUUAUUGUUAUUAUUAUUUUUUAACAUGGAGUCAACCUGUAUAAUUACUAGAUUUAAUUGAACGUUGAGCCAAAUGAAGUGGUUUCGGGCGUUGUGUGCCUUGUCUAUUUGCACGUAACAAGGAUUGCCUGUGCACGGUCAUUUAUUUGGAAUUGUCUAUUGCUUUGUCUUUGGUUGACCGUGGUAAUGUAUUGACAGAAAUGUGUAAAAAAUAUCGGCACCAUGCAGUCAUAGGAAAGUUAAAUGCAAAUGGGUACAAUUCAAAACAGCAACAAAGUUGAAUUUGAGCUGAGGCAGUUCCUAUGAACUCUACAUGAAGGACGGAUCCUUUCAAGAGACAACAGCUCUUUAGCUUAUGUCAGUGUACCUGUGUUUUGACUGAAGACCAGAGUGGACAGCAUGGUGUUAUGCAUGAGCAUUGCAAAAUAGAUGAAUUCAUCUAGUUUCAUUGGGUGCAUAAGGAUGUCCUCCCUAGUUGAAGAAAAGGGGUGGUCCACGCUUUUCCAGGUUUUUUACUUACUUUGCACGUUCUGCUGAACCUAACGGCAGUGGGGCAGAAAUUCUUUACCAAGAACAGUAGAAUGCCUGCUACUCUGAAGCAAGGAACUGCUAAUUAGAGAUGCGUCAAGGGCACAGGAAAGCUGGAAGCACAUAUGUAGAAAUGUGCCACUGUGUUCAGCAUGAGUUGCAGCAUGCUAGCUGGUGUUGAAGUGGACUCCCCUAGUCAAGCUAGUGCCGCCAUAGAGUUUCUCGCAAUGUUGCCGUGAGAGAAAUCUGACGCCGCUGUCUAUGCGAGGUUCCUAAUGGGCGCUGUGCCGUCAUGAGAAUGGCGUUGUAUGUGUGUGCAAGGCGUUUGUUGACUGAGGCUAGGCUUAAAACGUGGAUAUGGCUGCACAGAUAAAGCUUUCUUGAAUAUUAUCUUCAUAAAUGGUUUUCAUUUGCCCAUAUUACACUUUCAAUAAAGUUUACUUACCUGCAGUGCAUAAUCAAAUGAAGAAAAGAAAGAACAGACAACAAACUGUCACAAAGUGAGUGCAGACCUUGUCGUUCGUACUCCAGCUUUAACAGCCUACCAGUACUGUUUAACUCUUUCCCUACCAUGCGGAAAACAGGUGUUUUUUUUUUUAUGAAGGAACUACUGCACUCAAUAUUUUAUGUAACACAAACAAAAAGUAGAAUGAAUGCACUUUCCACGCAUAAAUGUUUUAUUAACGAGAUACAUGUCAUAAAAAGGAUAUAAAUGGCAAGAAUCAAGAUUGUGGGGUAAAAUUGAACAAAGUUUGCAAAGGCACACUCGUAUCUACUAAGAAAAAAAACUCCCUGCCCUUCCACUCCGUGAAGAAAGAUGACCAGCAAAGCUGUGUAUGUGGGCCCCUUAAUGGCGAACUGCACCUCUGCCACGGGUCGGCCCAGCAUUGAACUAUCUUCGAGAUUUUUUCCUACAAGUGGACACGAUAGUGGGAAAAGCAGCCUUUAACAGCUUCGCUGAAAACAUGUAACAAAAAUUAUGAGAUACACAAACUGUAUUGCCGUCCAAUAGCAAUUAUUUCAAAAAAAAAAUCAAUUUUUUAUUGAACGGGUAUUCCACUGCAAAAAUUUAAGUGCAAGCACUACAGUUUGGCGUACCAGGCUGUGGCCACCGAUGCUCCAGGAUGGCUUGCAUUGUCGUCGUUCUCAAAGUCAAAGUCCGACAAAAAGGCAGUAUCUUCAGAUUAGCUGCUGCUUGAUCCAUCGAUAAAGCCACCCGCAAACGCAGCGGAAUUACGAGAUCUGCGAGCUUUCGAAGCGUGCGCGCCGCUCUCGGAGGCAGCUAUUAUUGCAUUCUACUUUGACGAUCGCAAAACUUCUGAGUGUCCAAAAUUGACGCCUGACGGGGAAAACGCUAACUUCUAAGAAACCAAAAGUAUAGUUCUCCUUCAUGUCUUAUGGUAAGUCAUGCGGAAAGUCUCAGAAAGCAGCGUUUCAAAGCAUCGAUAGCAGGCGGCCAUAUUGCUUUCUACUUGGGACGAUUGUGAAAACUUUGGGGCUUGUUUAGAAAUCACUGCCUGGGGGGAAAAUGUGAAUUGCUUGGAAAACAAAAAUGUAGUUCUCCUCCAUCACGUCCAGUAGCGCAGUGUGUCCGUGAGCGGCGCGGAAGGCCUCGAAAGCAGCGUUUCAAAGCAUCGAUAGAAGGCCAGCAAUGCUCAAUUGGCAUAGUAUAGAAAGAGUUAAGUUUCAUAUAAUUGUGCAUUCAAGCACAAGUCCUCAUAAUUGAAUAAAACAUGUUUUUUGUGUAGUGUUAAAGCUCAAACAGCUUUUUGCAUGCUGUUUUUACACACUAACCAUUGUGACAGACAGUACGGUCCUAGCCAAGAACACCUUUCUUGUGUUCUGCCUCUCCAAGAACAAUGUCUUAAGCCACCACGUCCCAGCAUUCUCAUGAAUAUAACUGCGUCGCAGCACCAGCUUUCCCUGUGGGUAAUACUGUAACAAGUGCUAUGGAUAGUACUAACACAUGUUAAUGCAGGGCACAUUAAUCUAAGCAGAAGUUCAACAAUGCGUUGCUGCUCCGCAGUGCAUUUAUCACAUCACAACUAGGCAGACUGUAUUUGAAGAUAGCAAGCAACGGAAAGCAGUAGGGUUUAUGCACCUGGCUGGUACAGCGAAACCUUCAAAUUUUUUGUCGAUGGCAUCACUUGUUAAAGGGCACCUCGCCAGGCUUGGGCAUUCUAGAAGGACAAGUGCAGCUCAUAAACAAUGCCCUGACGGUCGUGUCUGCAAAGUAUCAAACUGCAGCAUGGCAUGAAAAACAGUCAAAAUUUCCAACGAAAGCCCUUCCUCCAAAGAGAGCGCAGCCUCUCACUAGCAAGUCAAGGUCACACACACAAGUGUCUCUACAUCAGACAUGCUGCCUGCAACGUUGCCAAUUAUGGCACGUCGACUUCAGUAAAUCACCCAAAGUAGAACGUGCAAAACUGCCGCUGGGAGUGCAGUGAAAAUGGAAGAGACGUGGUGCAGACAGACGCUGACAAGGUGUGGUCUCUGGUAUGACAGAAUCCAGGGAAGGAAUUUGACUUGCAGAUGCUAGUCAAGGCAAAGGGAGAGAGAGUCUAUGCUGACAAGGAAGCUUGCCUUCUGGUAGCACGGCAGUACAUUUCAAUUUCUACCAACUUCUCUAAUAAUGAAUCAAUUUGAAAUAUUCCUGCUGUAACGUACGCUCGUUAGGCCGCACCCCACAACUUCCAUUGUAUAAGCAAAAUUUCGUAUGGUUUCUGCUGAGGGGCACUUUAGCGCUUGCCCCAAAGAAGGCCUCGGGCACAGCUUGCAUGUUGCAACUCGUAAUGAACAGUAACAGUACGUAAUUUUGAGUGGGCUGGUCUAACUUGCAGACCAUAGUCUGGUAAACUUGAGCACAUGUGAUGGCUGAGCCAUGCUCUGAUCACCGCCACAGGUGCUCUUGUCAGAGCAGGUGGAGUUUCUCUAGGACAUUCCACACUUUCUGCCAUACCUACUUAGGGACCAACUUAGGGUGUGUAAGUCGCACCGGCUUCUUAGCAGUCUAACACUGCUAGGUUUUGGUGAUGAAAGUGCAUGUUGAGAAAGCGGCAAUUUCUGGGCGCCUGUGAACUAUGGCGGACAUUUUUUAGGGCAGUGAAGUCCACAUCUGUGAUUAGCCUGGGUGCAAUGUUACGUAUGAUUUGCCACCACCUUAAACUGUUCUAAAAGUCACCAUGUGUUCCUGGAUUGCACAUGCAAAUUACAGAUUACUUUUUUUUAAAGCUGUGCUUAUGAGCCCUGCAUUUUGUUGCUUGUUUUAAGAAAAUGCUGGAAGGUCACGCGAUUUGUUAUGUGCAGCCGGCUAUAUGCAUUGUUUGGUGCCCUAACAGAUUCAAGGCCUUUCUUUCCUGAAAGCUAUCCACGAUCUAAUGCUAGUGGCAAAUUUGUUUGAAACACUGAAUAUAUAACGUUGGUAAAUAUUAGUCUUCAUUUCGAACCAGGCAGUCUUAAUGUUCAGGUCUCAAGCACACACACAAAGCACCUGCUACUUAUAACUUACGUAUUGUUUUUUUCUUUUCAUGGAGUCGUAGACAUACUAGUUUUUAAUACUAAUGUGGCUGUGUUGUUCUAAGUGCAGAGCAUUAACACUAAGCCACAAGUUUUAAUUAAUGUGUUACAUUUCUUUAGCUACCACAUCUUCCUUGUACUUAUAUUGUUGUGUGUUGAACAAGAGGGACAUCACAGCUGUGCAAAAACAAGAGACAGUAUUGCCUGACCAGAAGACCUUUUAAAUGCUUUAGUUUGCACGUUAGUGAUGGCACGGAGUGAAUUUUUUUCGUGACAUGGUUUCUGUCUUUGAAUGCUCGUCGCAUGUAACGACAGGUGCAGUCCUAGUUAGUGCUGUCACAAACGUGGAUUGCUGUCACACCGAGAGUGAGCAAGUGUGGAAAGAUUAUUGAUGCCUUAAGUGCACGUGUCGCACUUAUUUGCACACAUUCUGUACAGUCACUGGAUCAGAGCAUGAUCUCCUCAUGGCGUGCAGUGGGGUGCAAACGCCCUUAAGCACGUGUGGAUUGGGCCAAGGUGUGUGCCGGCAACUUCAUCAGCACAUCAUGUAGCGUAAUUACCCAAUUCUCACCUACGUGUUUAAGCAUGCUGAUAUUUCCAUCAUCACAUCGCACCUGCUUCAUGAGAAAGGGACACCAAAAGUGAGGCACGUAAGAGGAUGAUGGGUUAGAGGAAAGCUUUAUCUUUUGUCAUGCUAUCUCAAAGCCGCAUCCCAUAUAUAAUAUGCCAUCAAUAUAUCCAAGGUUCAUUAUACCCAAUAAUUUGUUGUAUCUAAUAAAUCAUAUCCGUUUCUGUUACGUCAUAGUUUGAUUGUAUUUGCAUGACAGCUUCUUUGAAGCCAUCACAGGACGAACCCUCUUGCAUUGGUUGGGACACUACGUUUUAAGGGAUGCCAGAGUUUCUGCGAUGUCAGGGAUAACGUGUACUGGUGUAUUUCAGGUGUACCCGAUUCCAAGGCGCCCCCAAUUCUAAUGCGCACCGAAUUUUCUUGGGAUUAAAGUGAAAAAAAAAAAAGUGCAUCUGAAUGUAACCUGCUACCAAUUCAUUAAAACACAUAUACCGUGCCCCCCAUGUUUGCAAUCUGAAAAAGGGAGAGGUUCAGUAUAUACCCUCACAGGCGGGAAUCUUUUUUUUUUAAGGUACUUUCAUAAUGAAAACAAAGCGUUGUCGUUGCCAUGUGCGCUUUAUUGGCUACAGAUAUCAAGCACACGGGGGCGGUAUUCUCGAGCUGUAAUAUCUAGAGUUGCUGCCAUCACUUUAGCAAAACUCUGCAUCUGACUUGUCGACGUAUGUGUCCGACAGCGAUUCUGGCAUUGUGCAGACAGCAAGCGCGGCAUAGCACCAGAAAUGCUUAGGGCAGUUACGCCAACGCAUCUGGUGCCGAGAUGUGCGAAAUCUUGCGAAAGUAAUAGUAUCUUCAUAAGUUAUUUGCCGAAAAUGCCGCUCCAUAUCGUAGUUGAGCAUGCUCUGUUGCCAUUUUCUGAUGGUGGUGACGCUGCAAAUGUUUCGUUUUCAUAUCCAAUUUUAACUUGCUGGUAAUUCUCGGACUCAUAUUUUUGGGAAAAAAAGGUGCCCGUUAGAUUCAGGUAAAUAUGGUAUGUGUAACCACAAAUCAUUUAUGCAAAACUACAGCACUAUGCGAAAGAGUUAGUAUACUGUUCCAGUUGAGAGAUCCACGAGGUUCAAAAACAAGCAGACAAAUAACUUCAAAUUGGGAGAUCUAUGAGCCAUUGAGUCACAUUGUUGCAUACAGCUGAUGUAAUUGGUGCUGUGUAAUGAGGGCGAAAUCGGCCGCAGUACACUAGUUUGAAAAAAUAAAAUGAAAUGUCAGAGUAGCUGGCUGAGUUUUGAUGUAGAAAUUUGUGACUGACAUUUUCACGACAGAAGAACAUUUGAUUUGUUGUCAGAGAAAAUUAAGCUGCAACUGGUCUUCUUCAAUUUGGGGCUCAAACUCACGUGCCUUUACUGUUUUUAGCCCGGAAUAGUAGGAAUAGCCAGGAAUGAUUUUAUAUUUUGGCAAACUUUCGAAUUCAAUUUCUUUCUUGUUUUGUUAUAAGCAAACAAAUAACUACCCACCAGCGAACGUUGAGGUUGAGGAGCUGGCUACGUGAAAUUGACAUUUGGAAGCGCGACACGCCUCGAACAUGUUGCAUUGUUUUGAGCUUGCCAAGCGUCUUCUCACUGUGCUGCUAAGCUAAAAUAAUUUGUGUUCACGUGCUCCUUUGAAACAAAUGAAAGUGACUGGUAAAGAAGCAGCAGUGCUUAUCAAAAGAUUUUCUUCAUUGCCGCAUGCUUUUUAUAAUGGCAGCAUCAAACCACCAGACCACCAGCAUUGUGCCAAAACUAUAAGCUUUGGGCUUUUUCAUCUAGGAAGCAUUGGUCUUUACGGGCGGGGCACAACGCACAACCUUCUGUAAGGCAGCCACCAAGCAUUGACUCGAUAUAGGAGUGCCAAUAGCAGAAUCGUGAGCUGACACAAUGAUGUAAUUUAGAUGCGUCUUGCAUGAAUUUGGCCCAUCAAUAUUUCUCCGUAAUGGCAGUGUUAUUUUAGCAGUACUUUUGAUGCUUCAUUGACUGGGAAUUGAGCAGACUAAAUAUUUGUGCAAUGAAAGUUAGAGAAAUGCGUGCCUGAAGUGUCUUGAAUGGAAAUGUUGGUGCAGGUAUAAUUAUGACUACCUGAUUGGCACAGGUACACUGACAUCACAAUUGCACCAUGUGGACCACGUUCACUGCAUUUGUAAGGCCUUGUUUUUGGUGUCUCUUUCCUUGAAUAUGUAGCUUGUUCACAAGAAGCACGCUUUUGUGAGCUGGUUUCUCAUGUUUUGGAAGAUGAGAAACGUGCCCUUUCAUAAAGAAGAAAGCAUGCAGACUCUAGUCAUUGCUAAGGUAUGAAUUACAUGUGCCUGCAUUAAUGAAGAAUCAGCUUUCCUUUUAAUGUACAGUGUGGUUUGCAGGGUCUUCUUAAGAAAAAAUAUGUUUGGUAACAUGCUGUUGUGUGAUGUGACUGUUACUUGGAGAAUGUACAAAUGUUGUGCAUGCAUGCAUGUCUAUGUGCUCGGUUCAGCCGGAACCGUAUUUUGGCACUGUCGCCUGUCGUUUCAUGGUGCCUACAGGAGAGUCAUGCACUUACUGGCAUGUGCUUUUAUCCUCCAAUGUUCUCUAUAGUGACAGUUCACAAGGGAGUUGCUCCACACAACUUUCCAAUUAGUAUUGUUGCUCAUGUCUUCAUCUGAUCAUCUUUUUCAUGUACCAUCUGCAAAUUAUUACAUAUAUGAAGCCUAUAAUUGCUGGAGAAGAGUACAAGAGGAAAGACAGCUUGUGCUUCACCAACAUAGAUUUCAGGCCAAGUUUAGGAAGCUGGUAAUUGAUGCUACCUACACAUGUACUUUAUCAACAUAUAGUGAGGUUUUACGAAGCAUGAAACUCUUGAAAAACUUGUGGCUUUUGAACAUAUCUCCACGAGGAAACUACAGACUCUUAUUUAGGACAUUGGACAUUGUAGUGAGGCAACGAACAAGAUGGAAUGAAAUGGUUGGGAGAACAAGAAAAAUGGCUUCAAUGUACUGCCGAUGUAGCAGUGAGGAUGUUCUUUUUUGUAUGUGACAAUCUAUCUUUAAAAUUACUUGGCCUUGGCGUAUACACAAAUUCUGCAUUGGAACUUGCAAUGUUCCCUCCAUUCUGUUUGAAGUGUGAGAAAAUGUGUACCCGAUAUUGUGGCCCAAAAUUGAGAAGUAAGUGUACAUUUUCAUUGAGCAGGAAAUGCUAGUGCUUGGUCAGCUUUUGUGUUUCACUGCAGUCAUUAACCGUUUUGAUAAAGCAAAGUGCUGCUUUUAUGGCAGAUCAGCAGUUGUUUCUGUCAUCAUUUCAGUCUUAUUCUGAUCUGUUGUAGCAGCGAGAUCAGACGAUCUCUAUUGCUUUUGUCAAGGAAUAGCCACGUGAGAGAACAUUUAGGGCUCAUCUUUGACUUGGUGUUGUCCACCAUUAUUGAGAUUCCUUCCAUCUAAUUGCUGGUUUUAGUAUCAGCCCUACUAAGUGUAUUUCAAAUGUCUGUGCAUUGUGGGUUGGCUGUAUUUCGAUUGGCAUGGAACAAAAAUGUUCAGAGAUUUUCGUGGGUAACAACAAACCCAGUGUGGCCAACUUAAUGUGUCCCUCACUUCCUGGAACCUUGAACUCCAUCACUGAGUCAUAGCUCACUUCUCCAUGAUUGCCACUUCGUGAAAUUUCUUUCGCGUCCUGGGCAGACUUGUCUCUAAGGGAUGAUGCUCGCUUACUGACUACAGGGGAUUGGCCAAGAAGCAGGUGGUUUGGAAAGUGUUUUAAUAAGGCUAUUAAUGGAUAAUAUAAUUAUUAAUUUUACAACUAUGUCAGGCAGACUGCAUGCAGUCCACAUGUCCAUUUUGUUUAUCUGCCUUUUCUUUUGAAUGCAAAGUGCUGUUUUGGCUGAUGCGAUCUAAGUGUGUUGUCCUUUCUAACCUCUAUUUCCUUGCAUUUCUUUUUUUUUCACUCGUGGCCAAAGCCAAGCCCAUUACCAUUGUUAUUUAUAGUGCUUUGUGUGAUUGCAUAGAGAACAUUGCGAGAACUACGCUUUUGUUGCACUUGUUUUCAUGUGUGUGCAUGUGUGAAUAAAAGAUACUACAAGAGUUCGCGCUGAAACCGAA